GGGAGGGGUACCAAUGUUUAUACACUUCAAGCACUGCUAUGGGAGGGAAACGCUAAUCGAGAGGGGAACAGACUUCAACUCAGUUUUGUCACAAUCAGAAAAAAUGGACGAUGUUCAGAUCUAACGGCUGAAGCUACAAGCUCGUUUAAAACGGUGAAGACCACAAUGUCGGCGAAGAAGAUUAUUUCUGAAACACUGAACGAUUUGAGUUUUGAGGAACUUGAUGAAUUCAAGUCACUCAUUUGGAAUGACUUAAAUUUGGAAUUGGAGAAAAAUUUCCCACUCAUCAAAUGGAGGCGAUUAAAAGUGGCAAAUGCACAGGACAUAGUGGAGCUGAUGGAGACGUACAGCCAAGACUGUGUGAAGCUGACCAAAAAGGUUUUAAAGAAGAUGAACCGGACUGAUCUGGUGCAGAGAUUGUCAGACAUGAGUUCAGGAACCAAAAAGAAACACUCUGUGUAUGAACAGCAGCCUUCACUGAUACAGAGAGUGGAAACGAUGGUGUCUGUUAUAGAGCUGCUUCUGGAAACACUGACUGAUUUAAGUGUCGGGGAGUUUGAGAGGUUCAAAUAUUUCCUCAAUCAAACUGACCUACACAGACACUUCUUAGACAUCCCAUGCUGGCUGCUUAUUAUGGGUGACAUGCAGGACACAGUGUUUUUAAUGGUGCAGAUAUACGGCCAGCAGUCUGCGGAGAAGAUCAAGGAGGUUUUAAAGAGGAUGGAGAGGACGGAUCUGGUACAGAGGUUGUCAGACACCUGCUCAGGAGCCAAAAAAAAACACUCUGUCGAUGAACGCCUGUCUUCACUGAUCCACAAGGUGGCAACAAUGGCGGCUAUUAAACAGCUGCUUUUGGAAACACUCAGAUAUUUGAGUUACUCGGAGCUGAACAAGUUCAAGUGGUUGCUGCAGUUUGGGUUCUUCCAUAGGAGCCUUCCAGACAUCUCAUGGAAACUGAUGCUGAUGACAGACAGGACAGACGAACUGGUGGAUAUGAUAAUGAAGAUGUUCUGUCAACAGUCUGUAGAGGUGACCAAGGAGGUUUUCAUGGACAUGAACAGGACUGAUCUCGUGCAGAGGUUGUCAGAGACCAGCUCAGGACCCAAAGCUGAAGGAUCAUCUGCUGAAGCCUUUGGUGUGAAUACCACAGAGAAAGUUCCUGUAUCAACAGAGAAACACUCUGUGGAUGAGCAUUGGCCUGCAGUGACUGAAAAAGUAGAAACAAUGGCAUCUGUUAUAGAGCUGCUUCUGGAAACGCUGGCUGAUUUGAGUGGAGGGCAGCUCAAGGACUUCAUAUAUUAUGUCUUCCUGAGUCAAAUUCAGUGUUUCUCAGACAUCACAUUAAUGCUGCUGGAGGCAACAGACAUUCAGGUUACAGUGAUUUUAAUGGUGCAGCUCUAUGGCCAACAUUCUGUGGAGAAGACCAAGGAGGUUUUAAAGAUGAUAGAGAGGACUGAUCUGGCGCAGAGGUUGUCAGACAGCAGCUCAGGACCCAAAAAGAAACUUUCUGCAGAUGAACACCGGUCUGCACUGAUCCAGAGAGUGGCCCAGGAAAUCCUAUGUCACCUUUGGGACCAGAAGGACCAGGAGGACCUGUGUCUCACUAUAGCCAGUUGGAGCCAUCAGGCAGAGGUUGCAGAACAGGAGAACCAUCCUAAUCUUCAGAAUGCAGAACAGGAGAACCAUCCUAAUCUUUAG